UUCUUUUUAUUUAAAUGUUUUAGAAACCCGAAGAAACUGAAUUCUUCAUCUAAGUUUUUUCCCGCAAACACUAGAACUAUAUUUGAGAAAAGAUUUGUUUUUUUUUAAUUUAAGUUUUCGAAACCCAAGAAACCGAGUACUUGAUUUAGGGUUUCACACAAACCCUGGGACUAGAUUUGAAAAAAAAAUUAGUUCUUUUGAAUAUAUUUGACAAUUGAGAUAAGGGUUUUGAAGGAGUAGUGGAAAUGAUAGGGGAAAGAAUGGCUAAAAGGUCAUCUUUUGGGAAGUCGAUAAGGAAAAGGCUUUCGGAUAUCACAAAUUACCAGCCACAACAACCCAAAUCCUCGCUGGUUUUUGAUCAAGUUUCUGUAUUUAAUGAUUUAUCGUCUUCGACUAAAGAACACAUUGAUCAUCUUUUAAAAGAAAAUGCUGGGCUCUUGAAGCUAAUUACCGAAAAAAACAAAGUCAUAGAGCUCAAUGGAGUUGAGCUUCAGAAGCUACGGGUUGCUCUUCAGAAAACACAGCUGCAGAAUUUGGGCCUUGCUCAAUCAAACAGCCAUAUGAUGGCGGAGCUUAAUUUAGGUAAACAAAAGCUAAAAUCACUUCAACAUCAACUUACCUGCAAGGAUGCUUUGCUUAAGACAAUGAAUUUGGAACUUCAGGCAGCACGUGUCCAAAAGAAGGUUGAAUUGCAGGAUGGUGAUGAUGUUGAUACCAACCAACGAAUUACCUACAAACAUAUGCGUCCAGUAAGAAGCCAGUCAAUGGGCUCCUUGAUGGCUACAGUUCAAAGAGUUCCCAAGAAAGAAGCAGCUGAAAACAAAAGACGUUGUGUGAGAAGGCAGUCGGCUAAAUUCGGAUCACAAGCAAGUGAAUCAGAAGAGAAUUUGUUUGAGAUUGAAGAUCUUAAGAUGCAUGAAGAUGGUCCAACUUUAAAAGCAUCUGAACAAAAUGAAGGGCAAUGUGGUUCCAAACCCGAACCUCGAGGAUCACAAAGAAUGUCAUUUGGACGACCAUCACGUAGAGCUGCUGAAAAAGUCCAAUCUUACAAGGAAACACCAAUCAACAUCAAAAUGAGAAGACCUGAGUAGUUCUGGUUUGUGUACCAAGUUACUAUUGUUAUAUAACAGGAACAUAAUUUCAUUUUGGCUUUUGUAUCAAGUAAUAUGAGCAUAAUUUAAGAAUGAA